GCCUCUCAGCAGGUUUCUGCCAUGGGUGACAGAGGAACAAACAAUCACUCUGAAGUGACUGACUUCAUCCUGGUAGGCUUCAGGGUCAGCUCUGAGCUCCACAUUCUCCUCUUCCUGAUCUUUCUGCUUGUGUAUGCCAUGAUCCUUCUGGGUAAUGUUGGGAUGAUGACCAUUAUUAUGACUGAUCCCCGGCUGAACACACCCAUGUAUUUCUUCCUAGGCAACCUGUCCUUCAUUGAUCUCUUCUAUUCGUCUGUUAUUGCACCCAAGGCCAUGAUCAACUUCUGGUCUGAGAGCAAGUCCAUCUCUUUUGCAGGCUGUGUGACCCAAUUCUGUCUCUUUACCCUCUUCAUCGUGUCAGAGGGAUUUCUCCUGGCAGCCAUGGCCUAUGACCGCUUCAUUGCCAUCUGCAACCCACUCCUCUACUCUGUCCAGAUGUCAGCACGUCUCUGCAUGCAGUUGGUGGCUGGUUCCUAUUUAUGCGGCUGCAUCAGCUCGGUUCUUCAGACAAGCAUGACAUUUACUCUGUCCUUUUGUGGUUCUCGGGCCAUUGACCACUUUUACUGUGACACUCGCCCACUUGAGAGGAUAUCUUGCUCUGACCUCUUCAUCUCUAGAAUCAUUUCCUUUUCCUUAUGCAGCAUCAUCAUCUUGCCUACCAUCAUAGUUAUUAUUAUUUCUUACUUGUAUAUUGUGUCCACAGUUCUCAAGAUACGCUCCUCUGAGGGACGUAAGAAAGCGUUCUCCACUUGCAGUUCACACCUGGGAGUCGUGAGUGUGCUGUACGGUGCUGUGUUUUUUAUGUAUCUCACUCCUGACAGAUUUCCUGAGCUGAGUAAAGUGGCCUCGUUGUGUUACACCCUAGUCACUCCCAUGCUGAAUCCUUUGAUUUACUCUCUAAGAAACAAAGAUGUCAAAGAAGCUUUGAGAAAGAGUCUGGGGAAAAAAAUAUUUUUGUUUAAUUCUAUCUUAACAGUGACAUAA